GCUUCGAGUAAACUUUCUACUGUACAGGGCGUGUGAUCUGGGAGUUCAUACUGUCUGUUCGUGGAUCAAAUUGUUCAGUCUUGUCACAAUUCCAAUCCCUCUGUUUGGGGAAGUCGGCAAUUAGGGGGCGUGCUACAGAGGAUUGCAAGCAGAAAUUUGCUGUUCUGGAAAGUCAAAUGAUACUGCGAAGCAAUAUCAUUUGGUUGCAAGGUCGACUGGGUUAUGACCACUAACUCCAAGCGCUCUCCCAGGUCAAUACAGCUGCAGAACGGGGUUGAGCUGCCACUUGUAGGACUGGGAACCUUCAAGUCUCACGGACAGGACUUGAGAAAUACAAUAAAAAGGGCCCUGGCCAUUGGAGUCAGGCACAUUGACACGGCUGCUGUAUAUAAGAACGAGAGUGAAAUUGCUGAUGCUUUGGAGGAGGCCGACAUUGCAAGAGAGGAUGUCUUUAUAACCAGCAAGAUCGGUCCUCAUCAGCAUGGGACCGAAAAGGCAACGCUGGCAUGCGAAGAGAUCUUGACACGGCUUCGUGUGGAUUACCUGGACCUGCUCCUCAUCCAUUGGCCGGGCGUGGCCAAGAUGGAUGUGAAGUCUGUGCGCAAUUCCCACAAGCGAUUGGAGACAUGGCGGGUCGUUGAGGACUUGUACAAGGCAGGGCGCUGCAAAGCAAUUGGGGUCAGCAAUUAUGAGGAGGGCCACUUGGCAGAGCUGCUGGAAAUGGCUGAGAUCAGACCCAUGGUCAACCAAAUCGAGGUGCACCCGCGCUUCCAGCAGACGCGCCUGCGGACAUACUGUGACGAGAGGGAGCUUGCCGUGAUUGCCUAUGCCAGCCUCGGAUGUGGGGACCUGCUCAGCCAUGACGUGGUUCUGAAAGUGGCAGAAUCGCAUGGCAAGACAGCAGCGCAGGUCUUGUUGAGGUGGGGCUUGCAGCAGGGGUGUGCAGUCAUUCCCAAGACGGUCCAUGAAAAGUAUGUGGAGCAGUACAGCGAGGAAGCACUUUUGUCUUGGCAGCUGUCUGACGAUGACAUGGAGCUGCUGAAUGUGCUGGAAGAUGGGCACAAGUACUGCUGGAACCCUGCUCCAAUACAAUGACUCAAUUCAGAGCUUCGCAUGCUUGCCUGAUGUUUGUUCUGUUUUUUGCAGACGUCGGUCUUGUCUGCCGCUUCUUGGUCUUGUCCAGAUUGUGCCCUCUCACUUCUUUUGCCAACAUCAGCUGGGACCAUCCAGGGACCAUUAUUUGCAGGCUGGUCGAACUGCUAACUGUUCUUUUCUGUCCUGAAAUACUACUGGUGCCAGAAGCCUAGGAUGCUGACUGUUCCGCUGAGAUUGAGGCAGACAGGUGUAGGAAAUGAUGAGAUGCAAAUUGUGCGUCCUGCUCAUCCCGAAGCUUAGCAUGACAUCGUGUGCUGUUAUGUUGUGGUGGUUGCCAAUUAGUGGUCGACAAGACAGCGUAUGAAGUGCAUGCUACAACAUGGUUUAUUGUGGUCGUACUGGCAGACCUGGCAGUCCGACAACAUGAGUCACAGUCUGAUCAAAAGAAUCCCUUGAAGGGGGUCAAGUACUGUCAUGGCAUGAGUGCCACAGCGAUCAUCAUAUCAUCAUAGACGACUGCGCUUUAAAGUGUGGACUUGCAGCGCGAAAACGGUAAUGGGUUUGCCGAGUCGAAGGUCGGCUAUUAC